GGUAAUGGGGGUAAGUCUUGUGUAUGGAAAACGGAUUCUGAAACUCUGUCUACUCGCUGUUAUUUAUCAACAGCUGGGGUACAUCCGUUACAUUUUCUCGAAGACUCCGUAACAUUCGAAUCGACGGUUGAAAAUGAUCGUAUAUGUGUGCGCUUUACACCGGAGUUUGUUCUGAUAGAGGGAUCCUUGUAGGCCAUGCGUGCAGCUGCAACGAGUAGACAGCCAGUAUGAAACCGACAAAAACACGCACAAGGUGAUAAUAUUACCAACGGAAAGUUGAGAACUGAGAGAUAGAGAGAGAGAGAUUGUGUUGGUGUUGCCUCGGAGCCUCUGCGGUAGUGAUUAAGUGAGGAGUUCUUGUGAAGUUUAUUGAUCGCCUCAUUCUUCAAUCAUGGGUUAAGGCUUGAGAUUCGGAAAGAUUUUCGACAUUCUACGCGAGCUUGACAAUCUCUGGGAACUUCGCACUGGCUCUGUUCCAGUCCUCAUUUUUUACUUAUUCCUUACGAUGCCAUUUUUAGGAUCUGUUCCACUCUCAAUUACUAUAGCUGGUUUGGUUAGUGCAAUUUUCUUGGGGGCUAAGAUGAGCUUUACUGGCCCUUCAGUGGGUUCUGGUGGUCGAACUGCUAGGAGGUUAGUUGAGUUCGGAAGGACCUAUGUGGUGAGACCUAAAGGUAAACACCAAGCCACUGUAGUUUGGCUACACGGCCUUGGUGAUAAUGGCUCAAGCUGGUCCCAGCUACUGGAGACCCUUCCUCUUCCAAAUAUAAAAUGGAUAUGCCCAACUGCUCCUACCCAGCCAAUUACUGUUUUCGGUGGCUUUCCUUCCACCGCUUGGUUUGAUGUGGGAGACCUGUCUGAAGAUGCUCCUGAUGACUUAGAGGGUUUGGAUGCUUCAGCAGCACAUGUUGCAAAUUUGUUGUCAACAGAACCUGCAGACAUUAAACUUGGUGUUGGAGGUUUCAGUAUGGGUGCAGCUACUGCACUAUAUUCUGCCUCUUGCUUUACUCAAGGGAAAUAUGGAAACGGCAAUCCAUACCCAGCCCAAUUAAGUGCAGUUGUUGGACUGAGUGGCUGGCUUCCUUGUUCAAAGACCUUAGCGAACAAGAUACAAGGGGUGGAUGAAGCUGUUAGGCGUGCUGCGUCCUUGCCCAUUUUGCUCUGUCAUGGCAAAGCCGAUGAUGUGGUUCUUUAUAAAUUUGGUGAGAAAUCCUCGCGGUCCUUGAGUUCAUGUGGAUUUCAGGACGUGACAUUCAAAAGCUAUAAUGGGCUUGGUCACUACACAAUCCCUGAAGAGAUGGAUGAAUUCUGCACUUGGCUAACUUCAAAGUUGACUCUUGAGGGGGCCUCUUCAUAAGAUGAUGUAAGAUUUCGAGUAACAGCAAGUGAGCAAGAACAAGAAACCAAAGAGCAAGUAUGUCUACAGUUGUUAGCAACAAAUAUGGGUACCUAAGGAGCAACAUUGGGUGUUGUUGGAUAUUGUUUUGGUUGGUUGGCACCUGGACAAGCCAUAUUUGUGAACUGCAAUGCCAUUUAUUUGGGGUAAUUAAAAAGCUGUUUGGAAUUGAAUAUUUAAAGGCAUUCCAUCUGCCAUCUGAACAGUAUCUGCUGGUUCUGUCUCAUUUAUGAUAUCCGACUUAUCUAUAGACUACAUUGGCUGGUAA